AUGGAAAAGAAGGUAUUGGAAAACCAAACAGUGGUUACGGAAUUUAUCCUUCUGGGGUUUGGAGAUAUCCCAGCUGUCCAGGUCUUGCUCUUUCUGAUGGUCCUGAUAAUCUACAUUAUCACCAUGGUUGGAAACAUCCUCAUUGUCACACUUGUCAUGGCUGAUCAGCAUCUGCACACACCAAUGUACUACUUCCUAGGGAAUCUGUCAUGCUUGGAGACUUGCUACAGCUCAACAAUCUUGCCCAGAAUGCUGGCCAGUUUUGUGACUGGAAACAGAUCAAUUUCUUUCAAUGGCUGUUUUUUACAGAUGUACUUCUUUGGUUCACUAGCUGCAACAGAAUGUUUCCUCUUAUCUGCCAUGUCAUAUGAUCGAUAUUUGGCCAUAUGCAAACCUUUGCACUACACAACCCUUAUGAACAACAGGGAUUGCCUCUGUUUAAUGAUUGGGUCCUGGAUAAGUGGCUUUCUAGGAAAUACUGUAUUAUUUCCUUUGUUGCAGUUGACAUUCUGUGGGGAAAACGAAAUAGAUCAUUUCUUUUGUGACUUCAACCCCUUGCUAAAAUUGGCUUGCAGUGAUACUCACAAAAUCAUAAUUGAUGCUUUCAUGAUGGCUUGCAUUUUCACACUGCCUCCUUUUUUUCUGACCGUGACAUCUUAUGCUUGCAUCAUAGCCACUGUCUUGAGAAUCCCGUCUUCCACAGGAAGGAAAAAGGCUUUCUCUACCUGCUCAUCCCAUCUUAUUGUGGUCACCAUUUUCUAUGGGACCCUGAUGAUUGUGUACAUGCUGCCUGACACUCAGUUGCUGGGAGAUUUGAACAAAGUUUUCUCUGCUUUUUACACCGUCUUGACUCCAAUGGUCAAUCCCCUGAUCUAUAGCCUGCGAAAUAAAGAGGUGAAAGAAGCCUUAAGGAAAAUUCAAACAAAAAUAAUUCAGGCUAGAUUUCUAUGA